AUGGCAUCCAUGACGUCGGAAUCGGCGGCCACCAUCCUCUGCACCGCCAAGCAGACGCGCUUCCACAUCGACGCCCCCAACUACCGCGAGCUCGACAUUGAGGGCCUCUGCAUCACCGUCACCUCGGCCGACAAGGCCGCUGCCCCGGCAAAGGGCACCAAGUCCAAGGCCCGCUCUUCCCAGGGCAUCGAGAUCCUGUCCGGCGCCAGCCUGCGCCUCAAGCAGGGCCAGCGCUACGCCCUCGUCGGCCGCAACGGCACGGGCAAGUCGACCCUGCUAAGAGCCGUGGCCGAGAAACUCAUCCCCGGUAUCCCCGAGGAAACGAGGAUUGCUAUUCUGCAGCAGACGAGGCUGACGGAUGACGGGGACCAUGACGCUGGCCAGGAUGCCGGCUCGGCUCCUGAGUCGAGUGUCCUGCGGCAAGUCAUUGACAAGGCGACAGCCAGAGACACAGUCGAGCAGGAGAUCAAAGUCCUCUCCAAAGGCGUGGGCGCCGCCGACGCCGAUGCACCCGUCCGGGCUCUGCGCGCCGUCAAGCAUGAGCGUCUCCAGAAGCGCCUCUUCCGCCUCGACAAGGAGGCCCGGCUCAGGAGCGGUGCCAGGGGCAUGCAAGCUAGAAAGGCUCUCGUGGCCUUUGAAAAGGUCGUUGCCGAGUCUAGCCACACACUUGGGCAGCCGGACCAUGAAAUCACGGCAGACACGCUGCAGGCUGAGACGCAAGAGGCCGCAGAUAUGCUCGCCGAUCUCCAGCUACAGGUCGAGCCCUCGCGCCUCGCGCAGACCGAGGCCAAGGCCAAGUCCAUCCUGACAGGCCUGGGCUUCUCCGAGGAGCGCAUGGGGCGGCCCAUCGGCAGCAUGUCGGGCGGGUGGCACAUGCGGGCCUCGCUGGCGGCCGUGCUCCUGCAAGAGGCCGACAUCCUCAUCCUCGACGAGCCGACAAACUUCCUCGACCUGCUGGGCAUCAUCUGGCUACAGCGCUACCUCGGCUCGCUCGGCUCGACGAUGGACAAGCCGCCGACCAUGAUCCUCGUCUCGCACGACCGCGACUUUGUCGGCCUGUGCACCGACCUGCUCAUCCUCAAGGACCGGCAGCUGACCUACUUCCACGGCGACCUGCCCACCUUUGAGGCGUCGCAGGCCGAGCGCAAGCUCUGGCUGUCCAAGAUGAAGGAGGCCCAGGACAAGCAAAAGGCGCACAUGGAAAAGACGAUCCAGCAAAACAUGAAGGCCGGCAAGGCAAACGACGACCAGAACAAGAUGCGCCAGCUCAACCGCGACCUCCCCGGCUACCAUGAGAAGGCGCGUGACGACAUCGACAUCCCGCCCGAGGAGCGCCCCGUCAUCAUCACGCUACCGGAGCCGCCGGACCUGCGCUUCCCGGGGUCGCUGCUGUCGCUCGACAAGGCGUCGUUCCGGUACGCGGCCGGGGCGCCCGUCGUGAUCCGCGACGCAACCCUCAACGUCGGCAUGGGCGACCGCGUCGGCGUCCUCGGGCUCAAUGGCGCGGGCAAGUCGACGCUCAUCAAGCUGCUGGUCGAGGACACGCGCCCGACGUCGGGCACCGUGACGACGCACCCGCGUCUCAAAAUGGGCUACUACUCGCAGCACGCCGUCGAGGGUCUCAAGGCCCGAGGCAGACAUGAGCCCGAGCUGACGGCGCUGUCCCUGCUGACGCGCGACGUCGACGGCAGCCUCGGCGAGGGCGAGGUGCGUGCGCUGCUGGGCGAGCUCGGCCUGCCCGGCCGCAUCGCCUCCGACGUGCCCGUCUGCAAGCUCUCGGGCGGCCAGCUCGUGCGCUGCGAGCUCGCGCGCCUCUUCUGGCGCCGCCCGCACUGCCUGGUCCUCGACGAGGUCACGACCCACCUCGACUACGAGACCGUCACGGCCCUGCGCGUGGCCCUCAGCCGCUGGGAGGGCGCCGUCGUGCUCGUCAGCCACGACCGGUGGUUCAUGCGCGGCGCCGUCGAGGGCAGCCUGGACGACGACGAGAGCGAGAGCGACGACGGCGCCGUGGCCGACGAGUCGCCGCGCAGGAGGGUCAUGUGUCGGCUCAAGGGCGGCAGCUUGUCGGUGCUGGGGAAUGGUGUCGACGAGUUUGAAGGGCUCAUGGAGAAGAGGGUCAGCAAGCUGCUCCAACAAGACUGA